CCGCUCUGGCCCCUCCCGUUAGAAACGCCGGGGUGGGCGUGGCCGCUGACAUCAUAGAGCGGAGCCCGCCGUCGGAGCCCCGAAAUCCCUCAGCGCCCUCAGGUCCUCGCGGGAUUCGCUGGUUCCUGUGUAUCCGAGUCCCUGGGUACUGCGAAGAAGGGCUUCCGACCAGGAAGUAGCUUCGGACGUGGGCGGCCUUUCGUCUCUACCCGCGGCGUUUGGAGAGGUACUGGUUCAGGUCCUGGGUCACCAGGAGCAAGAGAGGUCAAGUGAAGGAAUGAGGCAAGAAAGAGGAAGUUCUUGGACUUGGCUAUCAUUGCUUCUGGGGAGAACUUCAAGGGGACACCAAGAUUUCUGACUCUAAGAACUUCAUGGCAGAUGCAGGAGACACCAAAGUCAUAGAAUCCAUGUUACUGCUUCCUGAGCACAGAAGAAAAUGAUCAAGGCCCAGGAAUUACUGACACUGGAGGACGUGGCUGUGGACUUCUCCCGGGAGGAGUGGCAGCUCCUGGCCCCCGCCCAGAAGGACCUGUACCGGGAUGUGAUGUUGGAGAACUACAGGAACCUGGUGUCAGUGGGGUGUCAAGCUACCAAACGAGAUGCACUCUCUGUGUUGGAACACAGAGACGAAGCAUGGAUGAAAGCAGAGGAUGAAAUCCAGGGUAGAACCCGUGCAGGAAUUGGGAAGGUUGACAGUCAUCUGCAAGAGCACUCUCAAAACCACAGAUUUCUGAAGAGCCUUCAACAAUAUGGAGAACAGAGCGCAUUUAGAAAUGCUGUUCACCUGAGCAAAAUACAUUUUGCCUUAACGCAGAAUCAUGUGUUUGACUUAUGUAGAAAAGCUUUGAAAUCAAGUUUAAGUUUAGUUAACCAGAAGAGAAGAUAUGAAAUAGAGAAAGCCGAUGACUUUAAUGGAGAUGAGAAAUCUUUUCUAUGUGGUAAUCAUGAAUGUUUGUAUACUGGAAUUGAAUUCCCUGAAUGUGCGAAACACAUCAGCACUAAAUUCCAAGUCUUUAAGCAUCAGAGGACUCCUAACACGGAGAACUCCCGAGUAUGCAUCGAAGGUGAGAAAACGUGCAUCAGGAAGUCCCGGCUCCUUUACCGUGAGGGCGGUUACAGAGGAGAGAAGCCCCACGGGUAUGAUCCGUGUGGGAGAUCCUUCUCCAGAAAUGUCAUGUUCACUAAGCAUCAGAAAACUGCACCAGACAGAGUCUGUAUAGCCAACGACUGCAGAAGAGGUGCUAGUGCGAAGAGCAGCCUCGCUGUGCCUCAGCAAACCCAUACGGCAGAGAAGUCCUACACGUGUGGUGAGUGUGGAAAAGGCUUCACCAUGAAGCGCUAUCUGAUCGCACAUCAGCGAACUCACAGUGGAGAGAAACCUCAUGUCUGUGACGAAUGUGGAAAAGGCUUCACCGUGAAGAGCAACCUCAUUGUGCAUCAGCGAACUCACACAGGGGAGAAACCCUACAUAUGCACCGAAUGUGGAAAAGGCUUCACCAUGAAGCGUUAUCUUGUUGUACAUCAGCGAACUCAUACCGGAGAGAAACCCUAUAUAUGCGGCGAAUGUGGAAAAGGCUUCACUGUGAAGAGUAAUCUCAUUGUGCAUCAGCGAUCUCAUACUGGGGAAAAAUCUUACAUGUGCUCUGAAUGUGGAAAAGGCUUCACCACAAAGCGCACCCUCGUUAUACAUCAGCGAACUCACACAGGAGAGAAAUCUUACCUAUGUAAUGAAUGUGGAAAAGGCUUCACCACAAAGCGCACCCUUAUUAUACAUCAGCGAACUCAUACAGGUGAGAAACCCUAUGAAUGCAGGGAGUGUGGUAAAGCCUUUAGCCAGAAGAUCUGCCUCAUACAACAUGAGAGAUGUCAUACAGGAAAGACUCCCUUUGUGUGUACCGAGUGUGGCAAAUCCUAUUCUCACAAAUACGGUCUCAUUACGCAUCAGAGAAUUCACACGGGGGAGAAACCCUAUGAGUGCAGUGAAUGUGGGAAAGCGUUCACCACAAAGUCAGUACUCAACGUCCAUCAAAGAACUCACACAGGAGAGCGACCCUAUGGAUGCAGCGAUUGUGAGAAAGCCUUCUCCCACUUGUCAAACCUUGUUAAACAUAAGAAAAUGCACACGAGAGAAACGGGUAGAUUCAGUCAGGUUGGAAAUUCCUUUAACACAGAGUCGCGGCUCAUUACUUAACGAGUGAACUCGUGCAAAACAAACGCCCUUUGAAUGCGAUGCCUUCUGUGGCAACCAAGACUUCGUUAAACAUCACUGGUUCCGGCAGAUUGGAAUGUCAUUGUGUCCCUGCCUGUUGUCAUAUGUGUGCCCUGAGGAGAUUAAAGAACUUGUCCAGGAGGUAAACCUGGUGAAUACAGUGAAUGUGGUGCCUUCUGUGAUCCUUACCCGUAUUUUCUGUCAAUGAAAACAUGUUGGAAAAACUCAUGCAUUGAGCAUGGAGAUGCCUUGAGCAAAACUUGCUAGCUUCAUUAUAUUCUGAGAAGUGGAUACUGAGCCCAAUUCUGUUGACUACAGAGACUAGGAAGGCCUUCAGUGGGAAGGUAGAUUAUUAUCAGGGAUCGUCGUAGAUCAUCAGUGAGCUUAUUGUUCAUAGAAAUACCAUUUUAAAGAAAUUCAUGUUGACCAUGACCAUGAGAAAGCCUUUACCCAGAAAGAAGACCUCAGUGAGUGUCAAGAGUCCACACUGGAGAAAAACUUUAGGAGGACAGUAUGACAGGAUGUCAGUGAUACAUUCUGCCUUGUUUGGUCAGGUAUCAUACAGAAAUUAAAACUCUAUGAACAUGCUAAAUGUAGAGCACCUUUAGUCAGAUAUCAGAGAACUCGUGAAGGAAUGAAGUCCUGUGAAAGUGGAAAAUAUUUGAAUGCCUUUUUAAAAAAAGUUUUUUUAAUGUUUAUUUUGAGAGAGAGGGUACAAGU